AUGGUGAACGUCCGUCGCACUCUCGAGAAGCUCAAGUUACCCGGUGGUCUACAGCACGAACGUAUUCAAUGGUUAUAUGAAGGUGCCAAGUCUCAGCCCAAGGAGGAUGGCUACUUGCUCUAUUGGAUGCAAACAUCGGUCCGUACCAAGCACAAUUACGCACUGGAAUAUGCCGUUGCUGCUGCCAAUGAAUUGAAACUACCUCUACAUGUGGUGUGCCUCUUCCCGGAUCGCUCUGUGGUGCCUUCAUUGCAUCCGGACAAAAAGGACGAGUGGAAGGCGGAAGCCAUUCAAGAUGCCAGUGCUCAGGCGUUUGUGACGGAACGUCAUGCGCUGUUUGCAUUGGAAGGUUUAGCUGACGCACACCAACGACUGGCAGAUCGUGGGUUGAAUCUCGAUGUUUUUCAUCAUCAACACAAGUCCGGGGGUGAUUGUUCUACACGUCAUGAGCUGCUGACGUUCUGUGCACGCAAAGCUGCAUUGGUGGUGACAGAUUGUCCAUACUUGCGUCCAUGGCGUUCUGCCCUCGAGAAUCUCGUGUCGUCUGUUAAAGAGGCAGAGGAUGCUGAUGACGAGAAUGCUAGUUUUGGAAUUGUUCAGAUUGAAGGUGACGUUGUAGUACCUGCUGCUGUUGUCACGGACAAAGAAGAGUAUGCUGCACGCACAAUCCGUCCUAAGGUUACGAAGCACUUGGACCGCUUUGUUGUUCCUUUGGAGAGCUUGGUGAUUGAGAAGGCGAACCAAACCGAGGGAACAUCGCUCCUGACUGUUGUUGGUAGCUCUGAACUAAAGCCACUGGAUGUGACAAGUUCCAAGGCUGUUUACAAGGCGCUGGAACUGCUGGAUGUUGACCGCGACGUGAAAGCUGUGGAUUGGCACUUUCGAGGAGGUGAAGCUGCGGCUUCAGCCUGUGUGAAGAAGUUUCUCACCCCAGACAGACUUGCUAGCUAUGCCACUGAGCGCAACGAGCCUAGUCUGGACGCUGGAAGCGACUUGAGUGUCUAUCUGCGCUACGGACAUAUCAGCGUUGUUCGUGUUGCGCUGGCUGCAAACAAACUGAAAGGUGUUGCGCGAGCGAAAGAAGGACUGGCAUCGUUCCUAGAGGAAGUUAUUGUCCGUCGGGAAUUAUCGGUGAAUCUGGUGGUGUACAACCAGGAUAACUAUGACUCCAUGCGCUGCCUUCCGAACUACGCGCAGGUCACCCUGCAAGAGCACGCAGACGACAAGCGCGACCAAUUGUAUUCACGUGAGCAGCUCGAGCAUUUCAAAACAGGGGAUCAACUUUGGAACGCAGCACAGCGUGAGCUUGUGGUUUCGGGCAAAAUGCACGGCUACAUGCGCAUGUACUGGGGCAAGAAGUUGCUGGAGUGGACACAAACUCCGGAAGAAGGUUUCAACGCAGCUUUGGUCCUAAACAACAAGUAUGCCUUGGAUGCACCCGAUCCAAACUCGUACGCAGGCGUGGCCUGGGUUUUUGGAAAGCAUGACCAAGGCUGGAGGGAACGCGCAAUCUUCGGCAAAGUGCGCUACAUGAACGAGGCUGGGCUCAAGCGAAAGUUUCGUAUGGACGCGUAUGUACGUAAGGUGGGUCGCAUAGCAGCAAAGGCCAAGAAAGGAACUGGAGAAAAGGAACCAACAUCGCCUGAAGAGGAAGCGGAACCUGCUAAGUCUCAGCCUAAAAAAACUGGUACGAGAUCGGCUGAGAGUGAUGCUCCUGGGUCUGCAAAGAAGAAGAAACUGCAGCACAAGUGA